AUGAUGCCUCAAGAUCAAACCCAACCACAAACGGUCAUCUCAGCCAUGGAAGCUAACAAAGUUAGUGUGAAAAUUCCUCCGUUUUGGGUGGAAAAGCCAGAGAUGUGGUUUUUCACUGUCGAGGCCCAAAAUAAGAUAAGUGGAAUCUCCAGCGAGGAAACUCGUUUUAAUUACCUCGUCGCUCAGCUCGAACCCAAAUUUAUAGAGAACAUUUGGGAUAUCAUCAAAGAUGAUACAGCCAAUAAAUAUACAGCGGCGAAAGAAAGACUGCUGAGCACUUUCAAGGAAAGUGAAACUAAAAGAAUUCAGCAAUUGGUUAAUGGACUGGAGUUGGGUGAUAUGAAACCCAGUCAAUUGCUUCGCCGGAUGCGAUCUCUUGGAGAUGCAGAGGACAUUUCCGAUAAAGUGCUUCGCACCUUAUGGUUAGAGAAAAUGCCUGACAGAAUAAAAAAUAUUCUUAUAGUCAGCGAGGAAAGCACGGAAAAACUUGCAGCAAUGGCUGACAGGAUCGCAGAAAUGACUCCUAGCUGCGAGUUAGCGAAAAUUGAAGCGCCAACACCACCGCCAUAUGAGACACUACUAGCGAAAAUUUCCUCAUUGGAAUAUCAGAUCGCCAGUUUAAGCCUUCUAGCCAGACAUCGCAGUCCCCAUCGUAGCCAAAACAACGGGAGACGAAGCAGAUCCCGAUCAAAGAGACGUUUUGAUCCUAAUGGGAAAUUUUGCUUCUAUCAUUAUCGAUUUGGGAAGCAGUGUCGACCAGAAAAAUGCAAGCCUCCAUGCAACUGGAAGCAAUCGGAAAACUAA